UGUGUGUGUGUGUGUGUGUGUGUGUGUGUGUGUGUGUGUGUUUGAUUUGGUUUCUGCUGAGGAUGUUAAACAGCGGAAGGAUUAUUUAUUAUUAUUAAUGAAUAAUUGAUUAAUUAAUAUCUGGAUCCGGGAGGAUGGCGCGCGGGCUGCGGCUGCUCGUGCUCUGCUGUGUCCUGGUCGGCGGCGUGAGAGCUCACGCCGAAGAAGACUCUUCCUCCUCCUCCUCCUCUUCGUGGGACAGCAGCGGGCCCUUCGCCGACCUGCGAUUCUCCCAUGAGCCCCAAGACACGGUGACCACACGCGGCGCCGUGCUGCGGCUCGACUGCCAAGCUCACGUUGACCUUCCCUCCUCCUCCUCCUCCUCCUCCACCUCCUCCGCCUCCUACUCCUACUCCCCGGUGGUGGUUAUCUCGUGGCGGAAGGACGGAGUGCCUCUGGCCGGCCUGGUCGACGACCGGCGCCACCAGCUGGCCAACGGGUCCCUGGUGGUGCGGGACGUGGUGCACGCCCGCCACCACCGGCCCGACGAGGGCGGCUACCAGUGCCUGGCCAGCGUGGAGGGACUGGGCACCAUCGCCAGCCGCACCGCGCGCGUGGCCGUCGCCGGUCCUCUGAGACUGUCCCUCGCCCCUCUGGGUUCUGUGAGCGUCCAUCUGGGGGACUCCGCCCUGCUGCUGUGUGAUGUGUUGCCAGGCGACGACUCCACCCCCGUCGCCCUCCCAGCCCCCACCCUGGUCUACCGCUGGCAGAGGAACCACCAGGACCUCGUCCCCGCCUCCUCCUCCUCCUCCUCCUCCUCCUCCUCGUCCUGGGCCCCUGGGAGCCGCGUGGUGGUGCUCCCGUCGGGGGCCCUCCAGCUGAGCGGGGUCCAGCCCUCGGACUCCGCCACGUACCGAUGCCUCGCCCACAACGCCGCCGGCGGGCGCACCGGCACCGACGUGGAGCUCCGCCUCCUGCCCGAGCCUGGAGCCCCCAGGGCGCUGCGCUUCCUCCAGCGGCCCACCAGGGCCUCUCCGCUCCUGGGGAGCGACCUGGUGCUGGAGUGCUCCGCCUCCGGGUACCCGCCCGCACACUACCUCUGGAGGAGGGGAGACGAGGUCAUCACCAGCAGCUCUAAGAAGUACUCGCUGCUCGGGGGCAGUAACCUGCUCAUUAGCAGCGUAAGCAACGAUGACUCGGGAUCCUACACCUGCGUGGCUGCCAACAAGAACGACAACGUCUCUGCUUCCUGUGAGCUGUCCGUGCUAGUCCCUCCCCAGUUCCUGAGCUACCCCAGCAGCCGUGUGUCUCUGGAGUCCAGCGACGUGGAGCUGGAGUGCUCCGCCACUGGAACCCCCCCCCCCACCGUCCACUGGCUGAAGAACGGGGAGCGCGUCAUCCCCAGUGACUACUUCCAGAUAGUGGAUGGGAGUAACCUCCAGAUCCUGGGUCUGGUGAGGUCAGACGAGGGUGUCUAUCAGUGUGUGGCGGAGAACACUGCAGGGAGCCAGCAGGCUAUGGCCCACCUCCUGCUGAGAGAACCAGUGGCCCCGGGCCCCGGCGCCCCCCUCCCCUCGGCCCCCCGCCUCCUCUCCCCCCUGCUGGUGUCCAGCCGUGUGGUGCGGCUGGGCUGGAAGGCCCCCGCCCAGCAGGAGGGGGUCCACACCUACGCUGUCUUCUACUCUCAGGAGGGCGUCCCCAGGGAGCGCUGGGUCAACGUGACGGAGGUGGGCAGUCUGGAGGUCAGUGUGUCCAAUCUGAAGCCGGAGCAGAGCUACACCUUCAGGGUGCUGGCCUACAACCAGGCCGGGGCGGGGCCUAGCUCCACCCCCCUCAGAGUCACCACCCAGCCAGACCUCCAAGUGCCCACCCAGGUGGAGGCCCUGAGGGCGGAGCCUCUGUCCUCCACCUCCAUCCAGGUGAGCUGGGCUCCUCCCACCCAGCCCAACGGACCAAUUCUGGCCUAUCGGCUGCUGUGGGCGGAGCUGCCGUCGGGGAAGGAGCAGAGUGUGGAGGUCAGUGGGCGGAGCUUCAAGAUGGAGGGGUUGAAUAAGUAUUCAGAGUACGCCGUGCGUGUGCUCGCCCUCAACCGCCACGGGGCCGGCGUCUCGGCGGAAACCCUCCGUAUCGCCACGCUAUCUGACGUGCCCAGCGCACCCCCACAGAAUGUGUCGCUAGAGGUGGUCCUGUCCAGGAGUAUCAAGGUGUGCUGGCAGCCCCCUCCCCCAUCUUCACUGAAUGGUCUCAUCACGGCCUAUAAGAUCCGUUACCAUAGGAACGGUCGCCGUGGUGACCAGGAGGCCCUGGAGCCCAACAACUAUUGGUACCAGUUCACAGGUCUGGAGAAAGGGACUCAGUAUAGCUUCCAGGUGGCAGCCAUGACGGUUAACGGCACUGGACCAGCCAGCGAGUGGAUUUCUGCAGAGACCCCAGAGACCGACCUGGACGAGAGCCAGGUGCCCAACCAGCCCAGCUCUCUCCACGUGCGGCCCCUACCCAGCAGCAUCAUCAUGUCCUGGACGUCCCCCCUCAGCCCCUCCAUCCUGGUGCGGGGUUACAUCAUCGGCUACGGUGUGGGCAGUCCCUACGCCGAGACGGUCCGCGUGGACAGCAAGCAGAGAUUCUACACCAUCGAGAACCUGGAGCCCAGCUCCCACUACGUCAUCUCUCUGAAGGCCUUCAACAACGCCGGCCAAGGAGUCCCCCUGUACGAGAGCGCUGUCACCAGGUCUCUCUCUGACCCCCUAGACCCCCUGGAUGUGGUCGGUGUCGACGACGACCUCUUACACCCCUUUGACAAAUACCCGAACCCUGUCACAGAAUCCUCUUCCUCGCCCAACUCCAUGAUCCCGCCGGUGGGGGUCCAGGCUGCGGCGGUGUCUCCGGACGCCGUCCGCGUGUCCUGGGCCGACAACGCCCUCAGUCGUAACGCCAAGUCGGUCGAGGUGCGCUUUUACUCCGUCAAGUGGAAGACCAGCUACUCUUCCAGUGGAAAGUACAAGUCUGCUGAUACCACCGCGUUGACCCACACUGUAACAGGCCUAAAGCCCAACACCAUGUACGACUUUGCAGUCAUGGUAACCAAGGGUCGAAAGUCAAGUACCUGGAGUAUGACGGCACAUGCCACCACCUACGAAGCCGCUCCUAGCUCCGCCCCUAAGGACCUGACAGUGAUCAGCCGCGAGGGGAGACCGAGGGCCGUGCUCAUCAGCUGGCAGCCCCCCCUGGAGGCAAACGGGAGGAUUACAGGCUACACCCUGUAUUACACCCUGGACAAGAACACGCCCAUCGAUGAGUGGGUGAUGGAGACCCUGGGUGGAGACCGGCUCACCCACCAGGUUCUGGAGCUCAGCCUGGACUCCAGCUACUACUUCAGGGUCCAGGCCAAGAACACCAAGGGCCUGGGGCCCCUCUCAGAGCCUGUGAACUUCAGGACCGCCAAGGUGGAGCACCCAGAUAAGAUGGCCAAUGAUCAAGGCCGGGGGGGAGACCACGCCUACUGGCCCCCUGAUGGAAACCUGAUUGACCACAGCAGCAUUAAUGGCCCUCCCAUUGGCCAGAUGCGUCCGCCCCAUGGAGGCAGUGCCACGCCCCAACACAACGCCAACAUGCUGGUGGUCGUCGUGGUUUCUGUGGGAGCGGUUGCCAUGGUGAUGGUGGUGGUGGUCGCACUAAUAUGCACCCGCCGCUCCUCCCACCAGCAGCGGAAGAAGCGAGCCACCCACCACAGUGCCGGGGGUAAGAGGAAGGGCAGCCAGAAGGAGCUGCGGCCCCCCGACCUGUGGAUCCACCACGAGGAGAUGGAGAUGAAGGCCCUGGAGAAGGGCAGUGCGGGGGCGGGGCCAGGCUCCCUGGGCGGAGGGGAGGGCGGGGCCUCUGGGUGUGACACGCCCCUCCAGCACAUCCAGGACCUCCCACACGUAGCUCACAGCCAAUCAGAGAGCCAGAUUGGGAGCAAGAGCAGCCACUCUGGAGCCGAGGGGGACGACGGCUCCAGCAGUAUCUCUACUCUAGACCGCCCCAUGGGGGCCCGGAGGCCCACCAGAGGGAAGAUGAUCCCCAUGGACGCCCAGCCGGCCAACACCUCGGUGGUGAGUGCCAUCCCAGUCCCCUCUCUGGAGGGUCAGUACCCGGGCUUCUCCCACGGGCAGUACACCCUGAGAUCCAUGCCCCUACCCAGCCUGACCCUGGACAGAGGCUACGGCACAGACCCCGCCCACUCUCUCCUGCAACAACAGGCUCCGCCCCCACACAUCACCGCCCACGCCCCUGGCCCCGCCCAACCCUUGGUCGUCGAGGAAGCCCAGGGCAAUCACGGUGUCACUGUUGCCGCGGGGACCACCCGAGCGAUCCCGACAGCGUGCGUGCGACCGAGCCACCCCCUGCGGAGCUUCGUCAAUGCUAAUGCCGCUAGCCCUAGCGUCACCGCGUCGCCCGGCAGCAGCUGCUGCGGGGGAGGCAAGUCGGUCCCGCCCCUGCUGCCCCCGCCCAUGGUGGCCAUGUUGGAGCCCAAGGUGUACACGACCAUGACGGGACCGCCCGGGUCCAUCGCAGUGUCCACUAAGACGGCGUCUCUCGGCCAGGCGGGAAAGGCUCGCUCGCCGCUUCUUCCGGUUUCCGUGCCAACAGCACCAGACUUCCUGGAGGAAGGAGGGGGGAGCAAGCAAGUGUGCACAGAAGACGCGGCUAAUGUCUACGAGCAGGACGAUCUCUCGGAGCAGAUGGCUAGCCUGGAGGGCCUCAUGAAACAGCUCAACGCUAUCACAGGGUCCGCAUUCUAGAACCCUCUUGAACCCUUCAGAACCCUUCUAGAACCCUUCUAGAACCCUUCUAGAACCCUUUCCCCUCCCCAACCCAUUAGCCUUAUUCACUCGGCGGCCAUCUUCAGUUCCAAAUGACACCGGGUGAUUCCUGAACUGACGUUUGCUUUGUUGACUGCGUUGCCUGUCUGAACGCACGUCAGAACAAGAAACUUGUAGGAGUAAACGUUCCCUACCCUUAGGCCUUGGCAGAGAGUCAACUAGAAAGCUAGGCCAACUAUUGCCUUGCUUAUCAACGUUUAAAACAAUAUCGUUACUAAACACAUAGGACACAUUACAAUAUUCAUAAGGGAGGCCCCCCGCGUCGUUCUUAAUUAAAGACGGCUGCAGAGUGAACCCGCCCCCACCCAAUCCCCCACCCCCUGACGACCCCAUGGCCAGGCUUGUGGACGCCAAGGAGACCAGGAACAGCCCAUAAUAACCAACAAAAACCUCUGUUCACCAAGGUGACACCUGGUCCAGCUCUACUUCCUGUGCGUUGUGGGCCUCACAGGAAGUCAGACAAACCUUAACCCCCAGAUUGGAUUGGACCUGAACCUCUUGACCAAUCCCGUCCAACAUGGAUCAUUUUCAUAGAAGGUCUUCGAAACACCUCCUGAAACUGACAGACAACAAACUGCGAGAACCCAAACUGUGAAUCCAAACAAACAAAAGAUGCCAAACUCUUCUCCUCUUGUUUCUCUUCCAGAAAAUGAACUGAAACUGUUUGUCUGUUUGUUUUUGUAAUAAUCUCCCUGACUCAUCAUGGUGUGAGGAUGAGGAGCAGACAGUUGUAAAUAUUACAAACCUCCAUUUAAAUCUGUUUUCUAUUGGUCGAUAGAUUGUUUGGAUGAAUAGUGAUAUUUAUAUAAGUCAGACCCCGAAGAGGAUGAUGAUGCCGACGAUGAUCAAGAAGAAGUUGAAAAUUGAGAUGAAGAUGAGUUGUUACUAUGUAGAAAUAUCUUGGAAAACGGAAUACCCAUUUUCAAGGACACACCAAUACCGAUAAUAGACAUCAGUUUGUUAAAUAAAUAGGGUGUCAAUAUGAUAUCACUGUAGAAUAAACACUUUCAAGAUCUAUGAACUAGUUAGUUGAGUUUGAGUUAGUUAACACAUCGCUGUUUUGUGUGUUUUAGUGUUUCUAGAAUGUUGGAAGAAAUGUGGACAUUUAUAUUCUUACAUUUACAGUCCAUGUCUGGUAGUUUUGAAGAGAAUAAAGGUUAUGGUUUGAAACCCUGACUUAAAUACUACUUAAAGGGACAGAAUUGUAGUUUGUCUCUGUUUGGCCAAUAUCAGUUUGCCCAUUGGUCGAUAUUGGUGUGUCCCCAUUGGCUGAUUAUCUCUAUUCCUAUAGGUCAAGACUCACCAUUGGUGUGUUCCAUUUGACUGAUACUGCUAUUCUAUUGGCUGAUAUCAGUGUGUUCCUAUUGGUUGACAGUGGUGUGUUCCUAUUGGCUGAUAUCGACGUGGUGAUGCUAAAUGGCAUUUUAUGCUUUUUUUAAUUAUUAUUUUCUGCACAUCUAGAAUGAGACUCAUGCUCAGAGACCUGCAUUGUGACGAUAUUAUUGCUAUUAUAAUUAUUAUUAAACUAUAAUCACUAUUACCACUAUUAUUAUUAUUAUGAUACCAAGUAUGAUUAUUAUUAUUAUUACUAUGACUGUUAUUAUUAUUAUUGUUAUUAUAAUUAAUAUAAUUAUAUUAUUAUUAUUAUGCCCAAAGGAACAGGUGUUUCAAGUAUGGAAAAUAUAUCGCAUAGUUUUCCUGGCCUUGUUUGCAGGAACAGAUGUGAUUAUCAUCAGGACUUGUUACCACAUUCAACAAAUAUUGCUUUUAUUUUUAAAUUAAAUUAUUUUAUAUAACAAUAUUUAAAUGCUGUACCUUUUGUAUGGUUUUGAUUAAUGUACCUAUUGCCCAAUGUGUGCUUGCUUUUUCUCAUUUUAGUGUUGCAUUUAUUUACCUGAUUUUUGUUUAAUUUAUUCAUUUAUUUUAUAUUUAUUUAUUUUUUGCUCGGUCACUGUGCUUAAUAUCCCAGAUUUGAGAUGUUGACGAAAUGUUCCUUUAAACCAUGUGAUGAUGAUGAUGAUGAUGAUGAUGAUGAUGGUGAUGAGGAAGAUUCUGGAAGUAAUAAAAUGUACAGUUUCUGGUUUAUAGCGACAAAUGUCCGAAUAGCAAGACUUUGAAAAGAAAAGUCUGUUUGAUUCAUUGUAUUCAAUAUUUAUAUUAUCUAUUACCCAAAAUACUUUAAUGCUGGAUAUUUUUGCGCUUUUGGACGAGUUGGCCAAAGAGCCCUCGGUUGGCAAAAUGUUAAAAGGAAACCUCAAGAACACGUUAAACAGCUGUAACACGUUAAACAUCUAGAAUGCCAAAUGUCUAAAACAUGUUCACAGAUAAUAUCUAGACCAUUGUAGCAUCUACAACUGGUUAACAUUAAGUAUCUAGAACACAAUUAACAACUGCAUUGCGGCAAACCUCUAAAACAACAAAAUCUAGAACACAUUUAACAUCUACAAUAUGUUAAACAUCUAGAACGCUUAUGUUAAACAUUAGAACAGCACAAUCUUCUACAAGAGUCCAGGUCUUAAACCUCUACCACAUGUUAACGUCAAGCAUUUAAAACAUGUUAAAGCUAAAUUUGUAGAAUAUGUUAAAGUUAAAUAUCUAGAACACGUUUAACAUGAUGAACAUGUUAACAUUAAACACCUAGUACACACGAAACAUUUAGAACACGUGAAACAUAAACAUUACACAUCUAGAACAUUAUAAACAUCUAGAAAAUGUUAACAUUAAACAUCUAGAAUACAUUAACAUUUAACAUACUAUACGACAAUGUUAAACAUCUUGAACACAUCAAUGUAAACCAUCUAGAAAACCUUAAUGUUAAGGUUUUAACAUUAUGCUAGGGUAGGCAAUUUAUUUUUCAAGCAUUUUUUGUAAUAUUAGUUUAAAUUGUCUUUACAUCGGACAGCAUUCAAUAAAUCAAAUGCUUUGAGAAAAUAAUACAUAAAUAUGGUAUCUGAGGCAGAAGCAGGCCAGUAGUAAUCAUGGCUUCUCCAAAUCGACUCCCCUAGCUUUAAACAUCGAGAACACGUUAAACAUCUUUAACUCGUUGAUGUUAAAUACCUAGAACACGUAAAAACUUCUAGAGCAAGUUCUGUUUUAAUUGUAGUUUGUCUUGGUUUAGUUGAAUAUCAUUUUAAAGCAUUUUUCAACCUUAUUAAACUCAUUGUUAACAUG